AUGAGUCAGGGUCAUGACGCAGGACUGCCCGCACCAUCGAAGCCCAGCCCACGAAAGCUCUUUGACCCUUUCACACCUAAACGGACCUACACCCCUACCCACACUGAAGACGCGAUACCAUUCGCGAUCGACAGUGAAGCCCGACAGAAGACCCUCGCACCCGCCUCAUUUAUAGCAGACGCGUCUGCCCCGCCUGCUCCAGGGACGCCGCCUCCCCCACAUUAG